CUCCUCCUCCCACCCACCAAACCUCCGCGAAAGGGUGUGCGUUUUGAAGGUUGUAUGAAGCUAAACACCACCGCAGACAGGAGCUGUCGCCACUUGCCUUGACAACCCUGGGACGAGCCUGUGACGCCGGGUCAGACCAAACCCCAAGUCUUCCCUCCUCAUCCUCCCUCUUGAGCAGAGCCCCCCCCCGACCAAGGUCUCGUCCUCCCGGGGAACACACGGUGGAAAUGCCGCAUACACGGACACUGAUAUCAAAAAGUUGAAAUACUUAAGUGCGCGGCAAAAUGCAAUGUGGCAGCAGUGUGGCUUCUCCUCAAGGUCAGUAUCUGAGCACCGCCGCCUCACGGACGUGUUUCUCGGGCAGUCGGAGGGAAGAAGAAGGAGAGGCGUGGAGGGGGAUGCCGCUGUGUCUCGCUUGCCUCCAGCAUCAACAAUGACAUCUUUCCCCCGACGCGGACAUUGUUAGUCACUGACACAGAAACUUGUGGAACGCCGCUGUAAAAGAAAAUACAUAGGUUAGGUUCGCUUUUUAUGACAUACUUGUUGUGAAAAGAAACUCUUCCCACUUCCCAGCACCUUGGCGUUUCCUGCUUUCCUCCAACGGCCUGUGUCGGUGCGACGGUUCACCUGGCUACACCGAAGUCAAGCUAGCUAACUGUUAACUGACACAAUGGAGUUCUGGUUCGGUUUAAGCUAACCGACCGUUGAAGUCAGUUAGGAUGUUCGACGGGGGAAGACGUUAAACUAACCUAACGUAACGAAGUUGUGCUCAACUUCCUUGAACUUGCUUGUUUUUCAAGUGGACUUUUACCAACUAAUUUCGUUCACCCCUUUUUUUUUUUUAAUUCAACAACAUGCCUUCGAGGAAAAGUUCACACAGCACGGCUGGCGCCGGUACCAAUCUCCCGGAGCGGGGGCUGCUCCUGCUGAUGGUUCUGGUGCUGCUGUGGGGGUUCAUGUUCCCUCUUGGAGCUGCCAGCCCUCCGGAGAGCUGCAACACGGAAAAAUUGAACGAACAUAAAGCAACCGAGAAAGCACAUAACUACACUAAAAAGGCGUUUCCUGUGCUGAGCCUCGACUACGAACACAUACAGACCCCCUUUGAAAUCUCAUUAUGGGUGCUGCUGGCCUCUUUAAUGAAAUUAGGGUUCCACCUGAUUCCACGUCUGUCCGGUAUCGUGCCAGAGAGCUGCCUAUUGAUUACGGUGGGUCUGCUGGUCGGGGGGCUCAUCAAACUAGCUGGAGAAAAGGUACCCCCCGUGCUGGACUCCAGAUUGUUCUUCCUCUGCCUGCUGCCACCAAUCAUCCUGGAUGCCGGCUACUUCCUGCCCAUCCGUCCCUUCAUGGAGAACCUCGGCACCAUCCUGAUGUUUGCUGUUGUGGGGACCUUGUGGAACGCCUUCUUCAUUGGUGGUCUGCUGUAUGCUGUGUGUCAGAUCCAGCCGGCCAAUCCAUCCAAUCUCCACCAGAUAGACCUGCUGCCCUGUCUGCUGUUUGGCUCUAUCAUCUCAGCUGUGGAUCCUGUCGCUGUGCUAGCUGUGUUUGAGGAGAUACACAUCAAUGAACUGUUGCACAUCCUGGUGUUUGGUGAAUCACUGCUCAAUGAUGCUGUCACUGUGGUGUUAUACCACCUGUUUGAGGAGUUUGCAGGUGCUGGCACGGUGACAGUGGUGGACUGUUUCCUGGGAGUCAUCUCCUUCCUGGUGGUUGCGUUGGGUGGUGUCCUAGUGGGAGCCAUCUAUGGGAUCCUGGCCGCCUUCACAUCACGCUUCACCUCCCACACACGUGUCAUAGAGCCACUUUUUGUCUUUGUGUACAGCUACAUGGCCUACCUGUCAGCUGAGAUGUUCCACCUCUCUGGCAUCAUGGCGUUAAUAGCAUGCGGAGCGGUGAUGCGACCCUAUGUAGAGGCCAACAUAUCCCACAAGUCCCACACCACCAUCAAGUACUUUCUGAAAAUGUGGAGCAGCGUCAGUGAGACACUGAUCUUCAUCUUUCUGGGUGUGGCCACGGUGGACGGACCUCACGCCUGGAACUGGACCUUCGUCACCGUCACUGUCAUUCUGUGUCUGGUGGCACGGGUCAUAGGUGUGGUUGGUCUGACCUUCGUGAUCAACAAGUUCCGCAUCGUCAAGCUGACCACCAAAGACCAGUUUAUUGUUGCCUACGGUGGCCUGCGAGGUGCCAUCGCUUUCUCCCUUGGCUUCCUGCUGAAGAAGGAACACUUUGCCAUGAGAGAGAUCUUCCUCACUGCCAUCAUCACUGUGAUCUUCUUCACUGUCUUUGUUCAGGGCAUGACCAUCAAACCCCUGGUGGAGCUGCUGGCAGUGAAGAAGAAACAGGAGGCCAAGCGGUCGAUUAAUGAGGAAAUCCACACCCAGUUCCUCGACCACCUACUCACUGGAAUCGAGGACAUUUGUGGACACUACGGACACCACCACUGGAAGGACAAACUGAACCGCUUCAACAAGAAGUAUGUGAAGAAGUGCCUGAUUGCAGGCGAGCGCUCCAAGGAGCCACAGCUCAUCGCCUUCUACCACAAGAUGGAGAUGAAACAGGCCAUUGAGCUUGUGGAGAGCGGAGGGGGAGUGAAGCUGCCCUCUGCUGUGCCUUCCACAGUUUCCAUGCAGAACAUCCAGCCCAAGAAGCCUCCUCCCGCCAAACCUGCAGAGAGAGUGCUGCCCCAGCUGCCUAAAGGCAGAGAGGAGGAGAUCAGGAAAAUCCUCAGGAGUAACCUUCAGAGGACACGAAUGAGGCUGCGCUCCUACAACAGACACACUCUGGUGGCUGAUCCAUAUGAGGACGGCUUGGGUGACUUCCUUAUAAAGAAGCAAAAGAUGAUCGAGCUGGAGAAGAAGAUAAAAGACAUGAAUAACUACCUGACGGUGCCUCCUGCUCCCCCUGACUCCCCCACCAUGUGCAGAGCCAGACUGGCCUCAGGCAGAGAUACUGAUUUCAAACCUGCUCAGCAGCAGAAAGGGGACAAAAACUGUCCAGACCCACAAGCCUACAGCAUAAAGCCGACGUCGGACAAUGUGCCGACCAUCCAGGUAGACCUGGCCUCUCCUCAGUCUCCAGACUCUGUCAACAUGAUGGAUGAGUUAAGACGGGCCGGCCAGCAGCAGCAGGACGAGGACCAAGGCCUGAUGAUGAAGCCUCCCUCAGGGCAGAGUGGACCUAACAAGCCAGGCGAGGGAGACGGAGGCAGAGACCAGCAGAAGCUUAUGAGGUGCCUGAGUGACCCCGGUCCCAGCGCGGACGAAGAGGAGGAUGAACCCUUUCUGCCUUGAUGUGGCAGACUGGAUACGGAGGGGUCAGGCUGCAUGCCCACCUCCACAGAGGAGAGAGGGCUGCUUCACUGCUCUGCUCUGCUCUAAGUAAUCUCUUUGGUUCAGAAACCAAACAAGCCAAAACUGCUAAUGCUGUACGAAACCAGAAACAAAAAGCGAAAGGAGACUGUCUGAAAAGAAAAAAAGAGCCAUUAGGUUGUUAUCAUUGCUCUUUAUUUUUUUAGACGGGAUCGGAACAGCAGUCGCUGCUGUCUGACAGAUGGUGGAGUUUAUGGUUGAUAGUCUAAGACAUUCAGGAAAGAACUAUGCAUUACCAAAGGUUUGGACUGUUUUAGUGUCAGAUAAUGUCAUUUUUACUUUAGUGUCAGACAGUUUUUUUUUUUAAUGACUGUGUAGCUGUUGGGUUUUUAUGUUUGUUCAUGAUUUUUUUCCAUUCUUUCUGUCUUCAAAGCUACAUUCUUUGAGACAUGCUGGGCCUCUCUAGUCCUAAAUUGCAUCAACAAAGCAAACUGCUUUAAUCCAGUUUUCUUUUUCGAACAUAGCACUUGGGUUUUAAAGUGCUUGUUUUAAUUCAGUAUCUCACUGAAACUGCUCUUUCACUCUGUCACUUGAAAUUGCUGGAUAUUCAAACAUUUAGAGAGUCGGUAGUUUAAUAUCUUUGGCCUUAUUUUAUGUCAGACCUUUUCACUCGGUGCAUUUUUAUCUUUGUCUUUUUUGAAAAAUGUAUUUUUAAUUUCAGGGGUACUAACAUCUGUUUGCAAUCAGAGUUUGUUCCAGUGUGGGUGGGAUGUAGGUUAAAAGCUGGAUGUAUUUACUCUCUUCAUAAAAGAACCACAGUUCUUUGUAGUUGUGCUUACAGACCUGCGGCCUUGUCCUGCAGCAGCAGAGGGAAUUAUAUGGACCUGAGAAAUCCCUCACUGCUGUAUAAAGAGGUUUGGACAAACAAACUUGAUUCUAAAAUAGUUAGGAUGCUGUGUAAAACGUUAAUAAAAACAGAAUGCAAUGAUUUGCAAAUUAUUUUCAACACAUGUUCAAUUCAAUAAUACGGAGCCCAUACAAUACCAUACAAAGAUAAGAUAAAUAUAAUGUUUUUUGUAAAUUAUUAGAGACCAAGCAGGAGUUGUUAACAAAAUUGUGGGUUUUUAUUUACCCCCUAAAAAAUGUUUGGAAAAAUUACAAACCAAGAAAUCAACAACUAGGCCUAUAAAAGAGGUCAACAUAACAUAACUAUGCUUAAUAUAAUAACUUAACAAGGUGUUAACUGAACAAAUUGACCAUAUACAGUGGGGUAACCAAAAUGGACGGCAACUACAAAAACUAACUAAACCCAAAUCCCCCCCAUGACAUGGCAGCACAUGGUUUGGUCCAAUGAGUUGGCGCCAGGAUUUAAGAAUCCUCAGCCACACCUUUUGCUCUACCAGGAAGGGACCUCCCCAAACAACCACGGUAACUCAUAGACAAAGGUACAGAUAAUUAAUAUCAAACAUCUUGUCUUUGUACUGUAUGCAAUUGAAUACAUGUCAGAAAGGAUUUGCACUACAUUGCAUUCUAUUUUUAUUUACAGUUUUAGGAAUCAGAUCGUACAAACGUUGAGUGUUUGGGCAAGACAGGUUUUGAUGUCAGUGAUCAUGCUUGAUUCUCCAUGUUUUAUGUCAUAUGUUAUACCUUAGUUUUUGAACACCCUUUAAAACUCACUCAAAUAGGGGUGGAGUUGUUAGACUAGAUGUCUUUCUUAAUAUUGACUUAACGAAUAAGUGCCCAUCCAACAGUCACCUUCACACUCCUCGUAUAUUAAACUUUAGGACCACAUGAGCUGAUUUCAGUAUAUCAGAUCCAAAUGCUCACUUCCUUUGACAUGCCUGUUUGCAUUCUUCAGUUUAAUGGCCUUUACAAGAAGCAUUCCUGCUCUGCGUCACUGUUCAGCGUAUUACACGACAAGUGAAAGUUUGAUUUUACAGGAAUCCAUCAGCACCUCUUAACCUUCUUGAAAUGUAAGACUGUAGGCAUGUCAUGGCAAAAAAAAAGUAAUUCUAUGCAGUAUAGAUGUGUAAGAUAUGUAAAUUAAUGAAAAUAUCCUAUAUUUAUGAAUACCCUUUAAAACUGAAGUCUUGUAAUCUUGUAAACAUGCAACACGUUGAGGCAAACCACAAAUUCAGAGCUUAGUUUAAACACGGGCAUUAAAAUAACUGGUCACAAAGGAGUUUUUGCACAUCUGACUGAAACGUUCACUGCAGGCAUGACGACACAGUCUUGUGUAUUCUUGAUACCAUAAAUCUUUCUUUACUGCAUACGGUUGUACAGUGUGUAAAAUAAAUUGCACGUCUUUUUACGGGGCCGCUCAUUUAAGUGUAACGACAUGAGUCAGUAAAAGUUGUUAAUGUGAUCAUUUGCUGGUCCAUAUCCGUUUGAACACCUUGUGUGCCACAGCCAACAACAUGUAGAUUGUAAACCCACAAGUAUUCUUUCACCAAAGUCACUUGACGACAGAUGAGUGCAGUUUCUCCAUACAGGCCAUCCAAAGCAAACACUGAAACACAGUCCUCCUCUGGGUGAGUCACUGCUCCAGUUUUCCGGCUGUGUUCUAGGUGUUAGUGGCCACUGAAUCCUUCCUGAUCCUCUUACAUCCAGAAGGCUCACAUUACAGCCCAGGGGAAGGAGCAGAAGAACCUGACAGGUUGUUCAGUUUCCUUAACUCCUCUUGUCUGUAAAUGGCUUGCUAUGGUUGCUAUAGCGAGGGUAAGAGGAUAUUUUGUCUGUGCACAAAUGCACUCAUGUAAAUCCUGGUGUGUAAAUGUGCAAAUAUGAGCGUACUUGCACUGUUGUCAAGCGUAUUUGGUCCCUUCUGCCCCUGACAAUUUCCCUGCUUCCCAAUUUCUAAAAGGAUAAUUACAGCUGAGAGUUGGGAGGGUCAAACCUUAAAGUUUCUCAUUUCCCUGUCUGGACCAAAUUGAAUUUACUGUCGGAAAUGUCAGCAUGUGUGACUGAGUGUCGCAGUGGAGGACUGCUGAAAAUGUCAACAAGGACGGGGUCAAAGAGAGAAGGGUUGUUUAAAACCCAGAAAUGACAAGCCAAACGACUUACAGCACUUUCCCCCAUCUUCAUAUCCUCCUUUUAUCGCUGCUUAAGGGACAGUGAUACUUACAUGCAGCGUUGAAUUUAUGAGGUUCUAAAAUGGUGUGUAAACUGCAGCUACAAGAAUCCCCGAGGACUGUUUCUCUCAAACUGUGAAUGGUCACUUAACGUGCUGCUGUUGGGGAAUAUUUCUAUAUCAUCUUCCCAGACGCUCUUUGAUUUGGCUUCUAUUUAAUGGCAAGUUGUUACUCAUGUAACCCUUAACUGCCCUGCGGAGGUUUCAGGAAGGUUGCAGCAAGUAAUCAAUGUCUGAACUUACUUCCACUUGUGAAUGCAUGUAACUGUGUGAAUGCAAAGCAGGGUAUUUCAGAGCGUAUAUGCAUCACUCUCUGCAUAGAUGCUUAUUUUUUUGUGUCAAAAAAGAUGGUUAAGGGUCCGGUGUGAAGGGUUUAGGGGCGUCUUAGUAGAAAUUGUACAUAAUAAUUAUAACUGUGUUUUCAUUAGUUUAUAAUCACAUGAGAAUUAGAAUUGUUUUUGUUACCUUAGAUUGAGCCGUUUAUAUCUAUGUACAGAGCGGGUCCACUUCCAGGGAGGAUAAAGCCACUCGAGGUCUCCUGCAUUUGGCACGCAGGUCAAGUUUCAGUUUUGCAACCUCACCGUGAGAUGCCACCAAAUCUACACACUGGACCUUUAACAUAACUUGAGGGGAUGUGAUCGAAUACAAGGAAACAAAAACUUUCCAUUUAAAUUAAUCCUCAAAGCAAGAGACAUCAAAUCCCUGAGAACUUCACAUUAUCCCAAAGACUUUUAAUUUCUCCAAAAGAAAAUAAACACUAUUUUCAUACUUUUACUUUUAAAACCAAAUGCAUUGGGGUUUUUUUUCAGGCAAACAUUCUCGCACCUCAAAGGGAAAUGUUUGGUGCAGUGAACCUUAAUCUGAAGCCAUACAGCCUAUAGAAGAACCUAUGUCAUUGUAUUCAUAUAUUAUAAUGUCUCAUACACAGGUCAUAUUUGCCUUUGUUUUGCUCGAAUGAAAACUUUUACAUUUAAAUCGCUCAUGUCUUCAGGUGAAUGCUCACUGUUCUCAAUGUUCACAUGUUCACACUGGAUGUUUUUCUACAGUACUGAAUUCAUCAUGGCAGGUCUCUAUGUUAAAUGUGUUGGACUGAACUACAACAACAACACUGUUGUCUCACCAGCAUUCACUUUAGCUUUAAAGUUUUACUUUGCAUCUGUUUGCGUUAUUAUGUGCUUUCAUGUGCGAUUACUGUUUCUUUUUCUGGCUUUACAGGGAUAUUGAAGUCCCUUGCUUUAUUGUCAAGUGCUUUAUCUGGAUUCAUGUGCAUUACAUCACUCCAUGUGCUUUACAGAAGUUUUUAAUCUUCACUGUGGUUUUUUUUUUUCCAUCUCUUUCUUGUUUAUCUUUAACGGCGCUCCAGAGGCAUUUGUCACUCAAACUUUAAACUGUGGCGUUCAGGCUCAAGGAGAAAGAGGCUGAAUUUACCGCUUUAAACUCUAAUCAGUACAGCUUAUAAGCUUUACGCUCAAAUUCUCCUUUUAGUUGGAUUGUUCUACUGGGAAAGUAAGGUGAAGGCAUCAAUUACAAUCAGCUCCACAAGACUCUUUACUUUAAAGUCACACUGGGGGUUUUGCAUGUUUUAGAUUUGUAUUUUAGUUGUGGUAUCCAGGCAGCCACUGGUUUCUAUCCAUUCACCAGAGCAUAACAGACUUUGUAAAUACUUUUUUAUAUUGUAGAUUCAUUUGAUAAACUAGGUUCACUUUUUUUCCCAGAUUUAUGAAACUCCCAAAUGUACAUGAAACAGUAGAUUCCAUGCUAAAGCUGUUUUAAUGGAGGUGAUGAAGGACAAUAUCCACAGUCCUCAUCCUCUGUGAAUGCAUUCCUGACCUUAACCAAAGAUAAUACGAGACUUCAGCAGUCAGAGUUUGACAAACAAGUAGAUAUCUUCUGCUCUUUUUUGUCGUAUUUUUUUGUUUGUUAAACUCAGACUGCUUAGGGCUCAUAUUAUCUUCUGUGUUAAAUUGGAAGGCAUUUUUUGUGUUUGAGUCUGGAUUUUGUCUCCUGUCACUUACAUUGAAAUUGCCUUUAGAGAGGAUCUUUUAAAGGCCAGUAUGAGCAGGAGAAACUAUUGCAGCAACCAAAAACUGGAAAAAAAUGGAACCUAUGCCUUAAAAGUGCAACAAUAAAAUGAAAGGAAAUAAAUGGUUGCCAUAAAAUUAGGAAAACACAGAUCACAAAAUCCUUGACACUAUUUCAGUAUGAUUUGAACAACUGUUAGGACUAAUUUGGAAACUACAAGAGUUGUACUACACGGGCUAAAAUAUACAAAAACACAAGUUUGUUCCUUUUUAAAGUGGAAACGGACGACUUUCCCCCCCCC